AGGAGAUUCUUUGUUUAUCUUUUUGCAUCACACACUCAGAAAGAGGAAGUGUCUUCUGCAGUUGACUAACAGGUAAGUUGAGUUUUGUCCUAAGACGCUUCCUCGUUCCACCUGCGUUAACAACACCGCAGGUAUUUUAACACAAGACACACAGACUGAUAAGACUUCUCCUGUAACGACUGUGUUCUGAACGUUAAAACAUACUAUUCUGGUAACCUGUACCACCCAGACCUGAUGUCAGGAAUCACCCGUCCAGAUGAAGGUGUGUGUGUGUGCUGAUGUGGACGUGAAUUCAGCAGAAUGGACCAGUGUGAGGACGGAGAGGAGGGAGUCCCUCCCUCUAAAACCUCUCUGUGUGGGGAACAUGAGAGUCGGAGCAAAGCUCAGAGGAAUCAACCUGGACCUGGACCUGGACCUGCACCUGCACCUGGACCUGGACCCAGACCUGAACCUGAACACGGACCCAGCUGUGUGUCCUUGAAGAGCGACCGUUCAAAGGGCUGGUUAAUUGAAUUUAAAAGAGACCAACGUUCUGCUGUAAAGAGGGUCCAUCAGAAAGGAGACUCUCUUGAACAUGAACCCAGCUGUUUGUCCUUGAAGAGCGACUGGUCAAAUGAAAGAUUAAUUGAAUUUAAAGGAGACCAGCAGUCUUCAGAGAGAGUGGACCAGCAGAUCUCAGAGUCCCCCAGCGGUCCGUCUGUCCAGCAGCAUCAGACACAGCUGGACUCCAUCUUUCAGCUGCUGGAGGACAACAUUGUCCUGUUUGUGAAGAACGAGUUGAAGAAGAUCCAGAGGGGUCUGAGUCCAGAUUACCCAGAAUCCCUAGAGCAUGUGUUGGAGGGUGAGGAUGAAGAGCAGAGGAGGAGCAGCAGAGAGGCGUUUGUGAAGAUCACAGUGAACUUCCUGAGGACAAUGAAGCAGGAGGAGCUGGCUGAGCAUCUGCAGAGCAGUUCUUUUUCAGCAGUUUGUAAAAAGCGGCUGAAGUCUAAGCUGAAGAAGAAGUCCCAGUGUGUGUUUGAGGGGAUUGUUAAAGCAGGAAACCCAACCCUUCUGAAGCAGAUCUACACAGAGCUCUACAUCACAGAGGGAGGAACCGGAGACGUCAACGUUGAACAUGAAGUCAGACAGAUUGAAGCAGCUUCCAGGAAACCACACAGAGCAGAAACAACCAUCAGACAGGAAGACAUAUUUAAACUACCACCUGGAAGAGAUGAACCAAUCAGAACAGUGAUGACGAAGGGAGUGGCCGGCAUCGGGAAAACAGUCCUAACACAGAAGUUCACUCUGGAUUGGACUGAAGGCAGAAUCAACCAGGACAUCCAGUUCCUGCUUCCUUUCACCUUCAGAGAGCUGAAUGUGCUGAAAGACAGAAAGUUCAGCUUGGUGCAACUUGUUCAUCACUUCUUCACUGAAACCAGAGAAAUGUGCAGCUUUGAAGAGUUCCAGGUUGUGUUCAUCUUUGACGGUCUGGAUGAGAGUCGACUUCCUCUGGACUUCCACAACAAUGAGGUCCUGACUGAUGUUACAGAGUCCACCUCAGUGGACGUGCUACUGACAAACCUCAUCAGGGGGAACCUGCUCCCUUCUGCUCGUCUCUGGAUCACCACACGACCCGCAGCAGCCAAUCAGAUCCCUCCUGAGUGUGUCUCCAUGGUGACGGAGGUCAGAGGGUUCACUGACCCACAGAAGGAGGAAUACUUCAGGAAAAGGUUCAGAAAAGACAAGUCCACCAAAAUCAUCUCCCACAUCAAGACAUCACGGAGCCUCCACAUCAUGUGCCACAUCCCAGUCUUUUGCUGGAUCACUACUACGGUCCUGGAGAACGUCCUGGAAACCAGAGAGGGAGGGGAGCUGCCCAAGACCCUGACUGAGAUGUACAUCCACUUCCUGGUGGUCCAGGCCAAACUGAAGAAGGUCAAGUAUGACGGAGGAGCUGAGACGGAUCCACAUUGGAGUCCAGAGAGCAGGAAGAUGAUCAAAUCUCUGGGAAAACUGGCUUUUGAGCAGCUGCAGAAAGGAAACCUGAUCUUCUAUGAACCAGACCUGAGAGAGUGUGGCAUCGAUGUCAGAAAGGCUUCAUGGUAUUCAGGAGUGUUUACCCAGAUCUUUAGAGAGGAGAGAAGCCUGUACCAGGACCAGGUCUUCUGCUUCAUCCAUCUGAGUGUUCAGGAGUUUCUGGCUGCUCUUCAUGUCCAUCGGACCUUCAUCAAGUCUGGAGUCAACCUGCUGGAGGAAAAAAGAAACACCUCCAGGUGGUUUAAAAAAAGAGCAGAGACUGACCUCUAUCAGAGUGCUGUGGACAAGACCUUACAGAGUCCAAACGGACACCUGGACUUGUUCCUCCGCUUCCUCCUGGGUCUUUCACUGGAGACCAAUCAGACUCUCCUACGAGGUCUGAUGGAACCAAAACAAAGAAGUUCAAAAAACAAUCAGGAAACAGUUGAGUACAUCAAGAAGAAGAUCAGUGAGGACCUGUCUGCAGAGAGAAGCAUCAACCUGUUCCACUGUCUGAAUGAACUGAAUGAUCGGUCUCUGGUGGAGGAGGUCCAACGGUCCCUAAGGUCUGGACGUCUCUCCACAGAUGAACUGUCUCCUGCUCAGUGGUCAGCUCUGGGCUUCAUCUUACUGUCAUCAGGAGAUCUGGAGGUGUUUGACCUGAAGAAGUUCUCAGCUUCAGAGGAGGUUCUACGGAGGCUGCUGCCAGUGGUCCAAGCCUCCAAGAAAGUUCUGUUGAAUGACUGUAACCUCUCAGGGGACAUCUGUCCACUUCUGUCCUCAGUCCUCAGCUCUCAGUCCUCCAGUCUGACAGAACUGGACCUGAGUAACAACCACCUGCAGGAUUCAGGACUGAAGAAGCUGUGUCCUGGACUGGAGAGUCCACACUGUCACCUGGAGUCUCUCAGGUUGAGUUGUUGUAACCUCUCAGGGAACAUCUGUCCACUUCUGUCCUCAGUUCUCAGCUCUCAGUCCUCCAGUCUGACAGAACUGGACCUGAGUAACAACCACCUGCAGGAUUCAGGACUGAAGAAGCUGUGUCCUGGACUGGAGAGUCCACACUGUCACCUGGAGUCUCUCAGGCUGUCAGGCUGUCUGAUCUCAGAGGAAGGCUGUGCUUCUCUGGUCUCAGCUCUGAGCUCCAACCCCACCCACCUUAGAGAGCUGGACCUGAGCUACAACCAUCCAGGAGAGUCAGCAGGGAAGCUUCGGUCUGCUGGAUUGGAGGAUCCCCGCUGGAGACAGGACACUCUCAGGGUGGAGCCUGCUGGACAACAAUGGUUGACACCAGGUCUGAGGAAAUAUUCCUGUCAACUCACCAUCGACACAAACACAGUCAACAACAACAUCCAACUGUCUGACAACAACAGGAAGAUGACACGUAUGGGGGGGUAUCAGUCAUAUCCUGAUCAUCCAGACAGGUUUGAUUCCUGGCCUCAGCUGAUGUGUAGAGAAGUUCUGACGGGUCGUUGUUACUGGGAGGUCCAGUGGAGAGGGGGAGUUUCUGUAUCUGUGAGUUACAGAAGAAUCAGAAGGAAAGGAGGCUCUGAUGACUGUGUAUUUGGAUGGAACGAUCAUUCCUGGAGUCUGUCCUGUUCUGAUGAUGGUUGGUACUCUGUCUGUCACAAUAACAGAGUAACAUCUUCCUCCUCCUCUUCCUCCGUCUGUGACAGAGUAGCAGUGUACGUGGACGUUCCUGCUGGAACUCUGUCCUUCUACAGCGUCUCCUCUGAAAGACUGAUCCACCUCCACACCUUCAACACCACAUUCACUGAACCUCUCUAUCCUGGGUUCGGGUUCUGGUCUGAUUCUGGUUCUUCAGUGUCUCUGUGUUGAGUUCAGUCUCAAGAGUCUCCUCUUGAGACUACAAUCAGCCAAGAUGAAGUUACAACAAGGUUCAUCCUGGUCUUUAUUCUCACCCACAUCCUGUUCCAAACAGGACGUCACUACUGGACUGUCAGGUUUCUGUCAUGGCAAAGUGUUUGUUUGUAUGCAAGUUUACUGUAUGAAUAAAAUAAUC